AUGGAUACCUCUAUAAAUCCAGCGGCAGUUUCACGUGAACGAGGACUUCCACGCAUGCAUGCCAAUGAUGCUGAACGGCAAAGAAAUCACCGCACUGUUGAAAUGAGUGUUGUAUGGAAUGCACGCCUGAGCGCGAACGCACAAAGCCAGCGAAUUCAAAGACAGAAUGAAGACAGCGCAGAACGUAUUCUUAGACAGUUGGAGGACCCACAUCGUCACCAAUUGCUGCGCCAAAAUGAGAACACCGAGCAACGUUCUAUUAGGCUCAUGACAAGUUGGCAGCGCCUACAAACAUUGUGCCAAAACGAAAGUGCUGGGAGACGAUCCGAACGUCUCACAGCCAAUUCGGUGCGGCAGUGCAGACGGCGCCGAGCUGGAAGUGUAGAGGAACGAAGUGAACGCCUCUUUGAAAAUGCGCAGCGCCAGCAGAGGCGCAGACAAACGGAAAGCGCUGAGGAGAGAGCUGAACGUUUGCUUGAAAAUUCACAACGACAGCAGAGGCACCGCCAAAGCGCUCCGAACGCUUGA